CUCAUAUAUCUGCCCUUCCGGCUAGGGUUUUCAGAGCCACCAUUUUCUCUCUCCUCUCUCACCAUUUUCUCUCUGUGUAUCAUUUCUUGAGUUGUUGUUGUUGUAAGAUCUAAUUAUGGAGUUAAAUCAGAAUUAGGGUUUGUUGGUUGGUUCUGCAAUUCGAAAAAGCUUCGAGCUUUUGACAUCGUUGUUCUAUCUAUUAAGAAAUGGCAACCACAAACCCAUUUGAUCUUUUGGGUGAUGAUGACAACGACGACCCGAGUCAAAUCAUCGCUUCUCAGCUCCCUCCGGCGCCGAAGAAAGCCCCUUUUCCGGCUCAGCCAGCUAAGCUGCCCUCCAAGCCUCUCCCUCCAGCUCAGGCUGUGAGGGAGACCAAGAAUGAAGCUCCUCGUGGAGGGGGCCGUGGUGGUGGUCGUGGAUUUGGCCGUGGACGUGGUGGAGGUGGAUUUAAUAGAGAUUCAGCAAAUACCGAAAAUACCUUCAGCAGUCGUGGACGUGGAUUUAAUAGAGAUUCAACAAAUAAUGAAAAUUCCUUCAACAACAAUAACGGUCUUUCUGGAGGGUACAAACCUGCAGAAGAUGGAGAUGCAGAGAAGCCCUCUGAAAGACGUGGAUAUGGUGGGCCUCGUGGUGGCUUCCGUGGUGGUCGCCGUGGUGGUUUUAGCAAUGGAGAAGAUGCAGAAGGGGAACGCCCACGGAGGACAUAUGAACGUCGCAGUGGGACUGGACGUGGGAAUGAAUUUAAACGUGAUGGUGCUGGUCGCGGGAAUUGGGGAACUCCCACUGAAGAAACAGCUCCGGAGACUGAAGAACCUGCCAAUGAAAAUGAGAAGAAUGUUGAUACUGAAAAGCAUUCGGGACAGGAAGAAGCUGGAGAUGCCAACAAGGAGAAUCCUGUGAAUGAGCCUCAAGAAAAGGAGCCUGAGGACAAGGAGAUGACUCUGGAGGAGUAUCAGAAGGUACUUGAAGAGAAGAGGAAAGCUUUGCAGCCACUAAAGACUGAAGAAAGGAAGGUUGGCUUGGACAAAGAUCUUGCAUCCAUGCAACUGCUUUCAAGCAAGAAGAGCGAUGAAGAAAUCUUUGUGAAAUUGGGUUCUGACAAGGAUAAACGUAAAGAAGCUGCUGAAAAAGAGGAGAGAGCCAAAAAGUCUGUCAGCAUAAAUGAUUUUCUGAAGCCUGCUGAAGGGGGAAGGUAUUACAGCCCAGGAGGGCGUGGAGGAGGAGGUCGUGGCCGGCGUGGUGGACAGGGUGGUUCAAGAGAAGGAUUUGGUGGAGGGUACAUGGCAAACAAUGCGGCGGCCCCUGCCAUUGAUGAUGUCGGCCAGUUCCCCACCUUGGGUGCUAAGUGAGGGUUUACCUUCUACUUCAUCUUUCUCAGUCUCGUCGGUUUCACCUGUUUUUGGGAUUCUUACAAUCUCUUCUCUUGAGGGGAUCAUCAAAGGCAGGAUGUCCACAGGAAUAAUGUGUUUUCCUGUAUUAAAAUUAUCUCAGAACUUUUAUAUCCAGUGUAAAUUUAAGUCGUCUUUCUUUCUGUGGGUUAUUUGCCUGUGGUGGUGUCUUCGUUUUCUCUGUCUUUCAUGGAUGCCUUUAGGGCUUUAGGAGUUGUUUUUAUGACUGGGAUUCAGUUAUUGGAUCAGUUUUGAUUUUGGAGUUUGAUUGUGAACAAUUUUGUAGCCUUUUUUUUUCCCCCUGUAUUUUUCUCUGUAGUUUGGCUAUCUUUGUGUGCAACUUGAUUUGAGACAAGUGAAUGAGUUUCAUUGGUCA